AUGCCAUUUCCGUUUGUCCUACCGACAACCUCUGCCUUUUCCUUCUCGUCGUCCUUUGGCUGCGAUUCUCACCCUUCAUUGCCCCUCAGCGCAAGCACAUAUCGCGGGGUUGUCAGAGACGCGCUCAAGAAGCACAAGCGGCUGCCUCCCUCGUCGCAAACAUCGAAUCUCCGCGCCGUCAUCUCCAGCUUGGAGCAGUAUCUCCCCUAUCUCCUUGCCAUUGAUGCCGGGCUGAGCAACCAGCCGGUGGGCGGCGAGACUGUCAGCACCAUAUUGGAGACGACGCCGGCCAUCUCAUGGAGACCGACGCUUUCUGGCGAUAUCGUGCCCGGACGCGAACGCCCUCGAGUCAAAAUCAUCUCCAUAGAACAUGAGAUUUACUUUACUCUUUCUACUCUAGGCUUCGCCCACGUCUCAAUGGCAAGGGCGACGCUUCAGCCUCUGUAUUCCACAGCUACAGAGUUUCAGGGCGCACAGGAACGGACAGCUGCGAUGACGACGGCAACCAAGUACCUGCUAGAAUCAGCUUCCAUAUAUGACUACAUUGCCGCAAGAAGUGAUCAGGUUGCCAGCAGCCCCCCUUGUGUCGACAUCUCACCUGCGACGCUCCGCGCUUUAGCCUCUCUGUGUCAUGCAGAGGCAACGUUGCUGGCCGUGUUGAAGGAUGAUCCAUAUCCCGCAGCUGUAGCUCAGGAUCGGAACAAGAAUGACAAGGAGUGGAUGUUCAAGGCCCCGGAUAUCCCCAAGGUCAGAGUCCAUCUCUAUGCCCGUCUCUGCCUGGCCGCAUCGGAGCAUGCUGCCAAGGCCGCGGCAUUGUGCCAGUCAGUCAAAUCAGGAUCAACCGGCAGCAUCAGCCCUGGAUUCGUACGAUACCUGGAGGAUCUGCGGCGAACUAGCCGAGCUAAAGCUUGUCGGUUCUUUGGCAUUGACGCUGAGCUGGGAGGAGAGGCGGCGGAAGGAAUCGCUUGGGCGCGUGCCGGUUUACACGAGCUCGGUGUGGAGGUCAAGGAUGAAAAGAAGGGAUUAGGCUUUAGUCGUGCGAUCAAAGGGCUUAACGAGAAGAGAGAAGAUCGCCGAGUUAACAGAGAGGCUGCUUGGGGAGCUGAUGCCGGCAAGUCGGAAGAGACUAGAGUUCUCGAAAUGCUGGACGCGAAGUGGAAUAAGCUUAACGAUACGAUGAAUACCCGACCUAUUCCGCCGAUUGGUGCUCUAAUAAAUAAAAUGCCGUCGGGGCGCGAGAUUCAUACGAUCAAGCCCUAUCAACCCCCUGUUCUAGAUCGAGAGGUGUUGGAGGCUAUGCGGGCUCCUCCAGACCAAACCGAAAGCGUUGGUGGCGAAGCAAGCUCAGACGACGAAACCUUGGUGGAGGGUUCGGCAUCCGCGGGCGGAGCGCAUAGAAGCUCAUAUUACUAG